AAGGUCAAAAAUCACUUGAUUUGUAUACUAGUUUGCCUAUGAUGCAGUGUGCUCUUUGUAUCGGCAUCAUGAAAACAUAGAUUGCUCUGUUCAAACUCGUGUCACCAAGGACAAAAAAUUGCAGCAUGGCAUGUUCACCGUUUUGUUUCUAGUAAAAUCGAUGAUCUAAGUAGCAAGAACAAUGGACUUCAGUCCGCAAUAUGUAGCCUGAGUUGGAUGUGUUAUGGUGUCAAAAGGUCGAAGAGAAUUUGGAGAAGCAGAAGGCGAUUGACGAUUGGCUACCAAUUACAUCUUCAAGAAACGCGAAAUGGUGGUACUUGACUUUUUACACUGUCACCACCAUGGUUGGAGCUGGCAUGCUCGGUCUCCCGUACGCGAUGGCCGCGCUGGGAUGGGGUCCCGGUGUGGCGGUGCUGGUCUUGUCCUGGAUCAUCACCCUCUACACAUUGUGGCAAAUGGUCGAGAUGCACGAGAUGAUUCCUGGAAAGCGGUUUGAUAGGUACCACGAGCUGGCCCAACAUGCGUUCGGCGAAAAGCUCGGCCUCUACAUUGUGGUUCCUCAGCAGCUCAUUGUCGAAGUCGGAGUUGACAUCGUCUACAUGGUGACCGGAGGCAAAUCCCUGCAAAUUUUCCACGAUACGGUUUGCUCGAGCUGUAAGAAGAUCAAGACGAGUUACUUCAUCAUGAUAUUCGCUUCUGUUCACUUUGUUCUCUCCCACCUUCCCAACUUCAACUCCAUCGCUGGCGUCUCCUUGGCUGCUGCCGUCAUGUCUUUGAGCUACUCCACUAUGGCUUGGACAGCUUCACUCCACAAGGGUGUUCAGCCCGACGUACAGUACGGGUACAGAGCGAAGUCGAUAGCGGGAACGGUAUUCAACUUCUUCAGUGCAUUGGGCAACGUUGCUUUUGCCUAUGGCGGGCCAAAUGUUGUGUUGGAGAUCCAAGCGACCAUCCCGUCGACUCCGGAUAAGCCAUCUAAGGGCCUGAUGUGGAGAGGAGUCGUCGUCGCGUACAUUGUUGUGGCUCUCUGCUACUUCCCGGUUGCUUUGAUUGGGUACUGGAUAUUUGGGAACUCGGUUGAGGACAACAUCCUCAUCUCGUUGGAACAACCCGCUUGGCUCAUUGCUCUCGCCAAUAUGUUUGUGGUUGUCCAUGUAAUUGGAAGCUAUCAGAUUUCUUCCAUGCUGGUGUUUGACAUGAUAGAAACUGAACUAGUGAAGAAAUUGCACUUUAAGCCCACUCGAACACUCAGGUUCAUAACGCGCAAUAUCUACAUCGCGUUCACAAUGUUCAUUGCGAUUACUUUCCCCUUCUUCGGUGGUCUUCUUUCGUUCUUUGGAGGAUUCGCUUUUGCCCCUACGACAUACUUUCUUCCCUGCAUAAUGUGGCUCGCAAUUAAGAAGCCGAGGAGGUUCAGCUUGUCUUGGUGGACAAACUGGAUAUGCAUUGUGAUUGGAGUACUCUUGAUGGUCUUAGCGCCUAUUGGCGGAUUGAGGCAGAUCAUAAUCCAGGCCAAGACCUACCGAUUCUACUCUUAGAUACUACACU